UGGUCAACGUGAUCGAUCGAUCGGCACGGAAACUUUGGAAAAGGCAUCUUCUCGAAGAACGUCAAGGCAUUUCGUCGGAGACGAAGUGGAUAUCACGGGCCAUGGAUGGAUCCUCUUCCAUUCCUAUUCUCACCGAGCAUAGAGAUCAUUAGUUACUGGUCACAAGAACUUGUGUGUUGUAACUUGCUGCAAGCAUCGCAACCCUUCACCACGUUUGGCUACCACCAUUACAUGCACCUCAACUCGGAUCCGAUAAACGGGCAGUCAGUCACUGGCUUACCAGUGAAUUACGAAUAUUCAGUCAUAAGCUCUACACGUACUAACUGUGGCUUCUCAUCCAUUACUCAAAACCGACUUGUUAGGCCUCCAUCAUUGACAUCAAAGCACAGACUGAUAUCGAGCAAAAUGCCGAAAUCCACAUGAGAGCUUUCGUCUUUACAGGCAUCAUCAUGCAUCAUGGAGAGCUUUAAUGCCGGCUGCUUCGACGCUAGUUACCUCAUCCCGCUGUGAAAUAAAGCUACGGCGUCAUUCAUUGGAUACAGCGGGCUUCAACUUUUUUGAUGUGUAUAAUCCCGGUCCAGCAUCUCCACCCAAGUUCAACCCAACUACGCCGACAAUUCCGCACACUUUCUCUUCAGCUCUUUGACUUACAAAGUUUUUACGUCUGUGCAGUGUAAACGAUAAGGCUGGAUAUGACGUGUAGUGUAGUCAAAUAUUCGUUUAGGGCUGGCAAAGAAGUGUACACAUCUACAGCGUACUAUAUGUACUAGAUACGCUUUAUACGCCUUACUGCAUGUGCGUGUCUUUGACUUACAUGCACUUGAUAAGUCUGUGCUAGCCGAGCGGGAACUUUUCACGGAAACUUCCUUCAUCGACAUCGAUGACUACGGAUGACUCAUACCGACGUGUCUUGGCAAUCACUGAUCUCUGAUCAAGAUCAAGAAAUGUAACUGCAACUGUAGGUCUGGGCACUAGACUAUCUACCUUACGGCAUUUUCAGGCUUUAUCAUUAUCUCCGUCUCCGUGGACCCGAUGGUGCCGGUCAAGCAGACAGACAGACGCAUUCCAUUAAACAGGGUCACAACCCACCAACCUCGAGCUGUCAAAAUGGUCACAAGGCGUCACAUAACCAUGCUCAUGAACAAGGAAGGACCUGAAGCCGGGCGUAAGAUACAAGGGUCAUGAGAAGGAAUAUUUGCUCAAGUUGAACGGUUAUGGAGUACCACCAUGAUAUCAGAUUACCCUAGAUGUUCCCCUCCGCUGACCAAUUACUACCUUUUACAGCACACAACUCGGUUGAAGAGGUGCAUGAUCAGACAAUUUUCUACUCCAAUCUAGGACAGAAUUAUCGGAUCGUUCAUGAUGUGAUGUGCUGGCUCACCGCCCGC